GAGAUAAACUCCAAUCAAAAAGUAUUUAAGUCACUGUUUCCACGCUCAUUUCUACGUUUCAGUGCAAAUACAGCGCAAAAAUGUACAAGACAAUCGUUGCAGUACUACUUAUCGCAGCAGUAGCCAAUGCCCAAUUGGUUGGAUGGAGAAAUUGCGGAUCCAGUCUGGCGACCGUGCAUAGAGUGAGAAUCAGUGGUUGUAGUUCAACACCAUGCACUUUUGAGGUAGGAACAAGAAUCCUAAUCGAAGUUGAUGCUACUGCAUUGGCCAAUAGUGUCAAUUUACCGUUCGCAAUGACAGCGUCAGUCCUUGGUCUACCUAUUACUUUACUCGAAGGCAAUGCUUGCAAUCAUUUUUCACUUGGUUCGUGUCCAGCUCUGGCUGGAAAUAAUUUCACUUUCCGACUUGAAUAUGAUGUCAAUGACCGUAUACCACGGGGUGUCAAUACAGUCGUUAAUACCGUCCUUUUCAAUGACUUCGGUGACAUAGGAGUUUGUGUUUCAGUGGAUGUCAUGAUUCGUUAAUGAAAUUACCGGUUGAAUAAAAAUUUACCUUCAGAAAAUAUCAAAAUAA